CCAUGAGGACUACGAUAGUAAGUUUCUUACAUGCCGCUGACUGAGAUUUUGCUGUUUGUAUUGCAAUACAAAACAAGUAGAAGUCUUCCUAGUUUAAAGUGCUAGUGUGCAGAGACACUUAACAAUGAAACUGGAGAUUUUCUCUGGGAGUCGCCUUGCGGACAAGCCGCUGGACCUGUGCAAUGACAUGGACGUGAAUACGGCUUCACCGCUGUCCACCGAGGAGGAACUGGGGUCGGAUGGAGACUGCUCCGCCAACAGCCCGGUAUCUGGUGCUCUUGUUUCAGAGGGAAAGGCAAAGCCGUACACGCGCAGACCCAAACCACCGUACUCAUACAUCGCGCUCAUUGCCAUGUCUAUACGCGAUUCCGCAACCGGCCGACUGACGUUGGCUGAAAUCAACGAGUACUUGAUGGAAAAAUUCCCGUUUUUUCGGGGCAGCUACACUGGGUGGCGGAACUCUGUGCGGCACAACUUGUCAUUAAACGACUGCUUUUUGAAAGUGCUUCGAGACCCCUCGCGUCCGUGGGGAAAGGACAAUUACUGGAUGUUGAACCCACAAAGUGAAUACACGUUCGCCGACGGCGUUUUCCGCCGGAGGAGAAAGCGCAUCAGCAAGAAGGCACACAGCAGCUCUGACUCUCAGGAGCGCGCACCUGCGGAUGACAGCCGGCUCUCGGUACGCGAUGAAAGCACUAAGUUCUCAAGUUCGUUUGCCAUUGACAGCAUCCUCAGCACACCGUUUACGCGGAAAGAGCAGAUCAUUGAAAGUGCGAAUUUUGGUACUAGACUCAUGUUGUCUGCAGCUCCGCGCUUUGUGCCGGUUGUCAUGGGUUAUCCAACAUCCGCCAUGACGCAUGCGCCGCAGACAGGAUUUCAGAUCGGAUCCGAGGUGUCGCAUGCCUUUCCAUUUUACAGGUGUAAUACGGCGGACAUUACUAGUGUCAGACGCAUGCCAGUCAUGCCGAAUACCAUUCUUGGUUUGAAACCAUCUCCAUAUACCGUACAAGAGACUGGAUACCAUCCAUUCAGAAUAGAGUCUCUGCUGUCGUGAUACAACACAAACUCAAACACACCCAUUAUGUGCACUUUCCUCAGAUAACUGGUAUGAAACUGUGUGUUUUAUUUUGAUCUGCGCCCAUGCGCUCAAUACGCAAAACUACUGUAAUGCUGCAUGUCUGCUCUUUAAAUGUCUUAUUGGAAUAAUCAAUGUCACUAUAGUGUGCUAUGUUUACAGUGAUUCCAGUUUCAUUUAUUGUAAACUAUGACAUCAUAAUGUUAGUAAUAAUGGAUGUGAUGUAUUUAAAUAUUUGUAUUUUCGUUGGGUUCCAACUCUGACCCGUUUUAUGUGCGUUUUAAUGUUGUAAUGUUGUUUGUUUUGAGCUGUGCUCAGUCUGCGGAUCAACAAAAAACACUUACAAUAAAUAAAGAGAAAUAUGAUAAUAAAA